UAUUUGAUCAUAUGAUAACGAAAUAAUGACUGAUGACAUUGUCUCUGAUCAUCAAAAUCAACCAACGACAUGAAUACAGACGUAGAAAAUCAGAUCAGACUAAACAACACGUGGCAGAAGCUGCCAGCAGCCGUCAAACAAAUUCUUGGAAAUUCGCAGAGAGAAUAUGACAAAGCCAUUGUUCAAUUUAGCAUUAAGAAUCAGUUGCGCUAUAAAGGUAAUUUAGUUCGUACAGUGAGGAAGGACGAGAGGCGGUACUAUGAAGACUUGAUGCAGUACAGCCAAGAACACUUAAUGCUCUACCCCUACCACUUGUCAGAUGUCAUUGUCAAGGGACUCAGGGUCACACCUUUCACCUACUACAUCAACAUGAUGUCAGACAUUAUGACUCAAGAAAAGAGUUAUGACUCCCUUCCAAACUUCACUGCUGCCGAUUGUUUGAGACUGUUGGGUAUUGGUCGUAAUCAAUACAUUGAUCUAAUGAACCAAUGUCGAUCAUCAAAGAAGUUCUUCCGACGUAAACCACCAAAAGAUCUCUUACCGGCGCAACCAAUCGAAGCAGUGACAUUUGAACACUGGUGGAUGGCGAAUGUAGGCUACAUUACAGAAGAAGAUGUCAAGAUGUGCUCGGUUUCUGAGAAGAGUGUGAUUGACACUAUAAUAGACUGUGAGAGGGGAAGUCAGCUUGCUGGAGAGAUAGAGUACAAAAUUAUUCAAAGUUUAUAUAGGAAAGGAUUGAUUUACCUCAAUGUGCCCAUUAAUGAUGACGAUUGUAUUAUAGUGCCACCUUUGGAGGGAUUUGUGAUGAAUCGAGUUCUCGGAGACUACUUAGAAACUCUGCUGUAUAAAAUAUUCGUCUCCAUUGAUGAACAUACUACGGUAGCAGAGCUUGCUAAUGUACUGCAGAUUGAUUUACUGCUGGUAAAGAGCGCUGUUUCUAUGUACUGUCGACUCGGUUUUGCCAAGAAGAAGGGAGCGGAAAAUGUCCAUGCUGAAGAUCUCCAUUCUUCCUGGAGAGAACUACAGCCAACAAAUAAAAAAAUGACCAAGGAUCAGAUAAUUUUGGAUUGGAAUGAAACAUCAGAGGAGGCCUUACUGGAAGCCAACAAUAACCCGGUAUCUCUAGACACAAACAAUCAGGCAAAUAAGAGUGCUCUGGAAACUGCCAUGGAAGACACAAGUCCUACUAGCAGCGCAAUAAAAAGGAUUGCAUUCCUGUUUGAUUCAACUUUAACUGCCUUUCUGAUGAUGGGAAAUUUAUCGCCGGGCCUGAAAAGUCAUGCAGUAACCAUGUUUGAAGUUGGGAAGUUAAGUGACGAAUCUUUGGAUAGCUUCUUGGCAGAACUUGAGAAGGUUGGUUCAGAAGCUGAGGGUGAAGCACGGCGGUACUUUGUUCACGCUCUGACACUGCGGGACACAGUCCGCUUCCUGCGAUACAACAAAGACCUCAACAUGGACACAGAGAACGGGAAUGGUUUGGCUGUGGACCUGAUUCGAUGCGAGAGCCUGCUGGGCCUGGAUUCUGCAACCAGAGCCAGGGUACUGAACCGAAACUACAGUUUACUAGUGUCGAUGGCCCCGCUGAGUUACGAGAUUCGUCCCGUCAGUAGCUGCAUACCUCAACACAUUGGGCCAGCCAUUCCAGAGGUCAACUCUGUGUGGUUUAAACUGUACAUUUACCAUAUAACUGGCUGUGGACCCCCGAGUCUUUUACUGGUCAAGGGAACUAAAUUACGUCGACUUCCUAAAAUGUUUUACGAUUAUGACAGACUUCUUGUGACAACUUGGGGACAUGACCCGGGCGUUAUAGCAACAUCAAAUAUUCUCCUGACCCUGAAUGAUGCUCUCACUCACUCUGCAGUUCUAGUCCAGGCACAUGGAUGGCAAUCCGAGGGAAAAUCAGUCAAAGUGGCUUUCCCAUUUGCGAAGGAAGAUUCAGGUGAUUUCUCAAGUGGUGCUUACCAGAAACAUAGUGCAAUACAGACAGUAUCUAAACAAAUAGACUUAAAAAACUCGUGUGGGUAUAUCACCCUGCUAAACACGGGCAGGGAGUCCCAGACAGUAUGGAGAGACGACCAGGACGAUGACUUCCUCGUUGGAGAUGUAGCCAGUGAAUGGGAAAGCAGUGAACCGUCCAAUGGGGUGAAAGAUCAGCAAUCAGCUGAUGUGUUAGCUAUGGAAAUUGACAUGCUUGAAUUAGAAAGUGACUCAGUGGAGAAAUCUAGUGCACAGGCAUUAAAACAUCAUCUAAGACUAGAUCUCCCGAAGAGUCAAGUGUCAUGUGACUUAAGUCAGGAGGAACACUGGGUUUUAUUGGACUGUUAUUUUGGCAUUCCAUUGUUUGACUCUAGUCUCAACAAAGAAAUUUGUUCUAAGGUUGUUAACUUUGGCCUGUUUAAACAAGAAGGCCUACAAGAGUUACUACAUUCCAGCAGGAAGCUGUCUUUAAGACUGCUUAAUUUUAUAUCUCAAUAUCAGGACAUUCCAACCAUUGAUGCCACAUCAGAUCCCUUGUUGCCUAGCGACAAUGAACAGACCCCACCCUUGCCCACAGUUUGCUUACAGUUUAAUAAGGGUAAACUCGAAAGAUGGAAUCGCAGAUGAAAACAUGAUAGUUGAUACAGCAAUUAAAUACACAACUUGGGGGGGGGGGGGGGGGGGGGGUACUUUGAUUUUUUUAUCAAAUCUACGUGUUCAGAGGUUCUUGCUCGUUGUUUUCUGUAUGGAAUGAUUUAUGCAAAAUGGCUUAGGAAAGCAUUUUUCCUUUAGUAAGCAGUGGUGUACAUGUAAUUGCCUUACCAAUAUACUAAAUUUGAUUUACUUUCACAUUAGAAUAAAAAUGGAGUCUUUCAGGUUGGGGUGUAUGGAGGACAUAAAUGCAUUUACUUUGUCAUAUAAUGUUCUUGUGUGGAAAUUCUAUUGGUAAAUACUGUUUAAGCAGAGUUUUUAGCAAGGAUUUAAUUUUGGCAUUAUUAGUGAGGGUGUUGAGAUCGCUAAAAUUGAAUGUUGCUUACAAUUUAUUCCAUAUUGUAGGUAACAGUUAUCUUUCCUGGAGUUAUAAAGUUACCAAUCUCUUGCUAAAUAUGGGAAAAUUGCUAAAUUUGUGUCUCGCUAAAUGUUCCACUUAAAUGGUAAUCAUGGAGAGAGAUUGACCAAUGAGCAUCAUUAAACAUGAAUAAUGUACAAAUCAAGAAUGUUUACUAUAUAUUGAGAAAACAGAAAGUUUUUCAGUUGGUCUGUUCUGAAAAAUUAUCAAACUAGCAGCUCCAUUUAAAACAGUGAUUGCCAUAGCAUUCAUAGUGAGGAAGAUUUCUGACUGAGCAAAGAAAGUACUGGAGUAAUAAAUAAGGAUAUUGACCAAAGAGAAUGAAAUAUAACUGAGGAGGAGGGAACAUAUUUAUCUUGGACCCAUGAUCAAUUUGGGAUUGUCCUCUUAGCUGAUCUCUAUAGUGAUCUCAGAAUUACUGACAUCAAGGAAUGGGGGGGGGGGGGGGGGAGCAUUUUGCUGAUCAUUUAUAAUUGUCUUCUAUAAUAAAUUUCCUGUGAUAUUGGGAAAUGCCCAUUUUCUUAUUUGCCUCUUGCUUGUAGUGAUGAAGUGCUAAAGUUUAUAAACUUUGAUAUCCUCUUUGUGGAUUUGUUCAGGAUGUGAGCCAGAUGCAGGGAGAUACACUGUUUGUGAUGAUUAAUCAAACCUGCACAAUGAUUUUCUUUCUGAAUUUAAUCUAAAAAUGUCUUCUUGACACAAUUAUAUCCCUCUCCUUCUUCCUAAACCUCCCUUUUCAUCUACUCUGACAGUGGAUAGCAUAAAACAGAGUUCUGGGGGGGGGGAUUGAAGAAAUAAAAACAAUUUUAAAAAUCCAGUUUCAUAGAAUAUACACAUAUGUAUAUGUAAUGUACAUUGUAUUCAAUUUCUUUGUUCAUUAUGUUUGUACAUGUAUGCACUAUACAUUGAUAUGAUAUAAACCUAUAUAAAAAUGCUGCAUUUAAAUUUAUUUUGGUGACUAAUGUUAUUAUCUACAUGUAUUUAAAUGUUUCAGUACAAUAAAACAUGGACCAAAGUAA